UCAGUUUUGAGAAUAAUUGUGUUGUAGAAGCUGGCAGUUGUAAUAGGUAGUAGUAUAGUAAUAUUAAUUUGUAUUAUGUUCGUUAUGGUUAGAAAUACUGGUGGAGACAAGGUAUAUAAAACGCGUAUCUUGAUUUGCCUAAUGUAGCAUUUAUACCAUAGCAUUUGCUGCAUUGUUUGGGCUUGAGUUGGGAGGGCGAGGGUCCAUCCCACACUUCAACAAGAAACUCCUACUUUAACCAUACACCAAUGGCGGACUACCAAGUUCAGAAAAAUGAAGGGAAAACCAACUUGAUUAUUAACUACCUACCCCAGAAUAUGACUGAGAAGGAAUUGUACAGCAUGUUUGUUACCAUUGGUCCUGUCGAGAGCUGCAGAGUUAUGAAGGACUUUAAGACAGGGUACAGCUAUGGGUUUGGCUUUGUGAAUUACUCUAAGGCAGAGGAUGCGUCACGAGCCAUUGGCACAUUAAAUGGAUUGCAGGUUCAGAAUAAGCGACUGAAGGUAUCAUUUGCUCGCCCAAGUGGUGAGGAGAUCAAGGAAACAAACCUAUAUGUCACCAACCUGCCACGCAACAUUACAGAACAGUAUCUGGAUAUGCUCUUUGGCAAGUAUGGACAGAUUGUACAGAAGAAUCUCCUGAAGGACAAGCUAACAGGCAUGCCCCGGGGUGUAGCAUUUGUUAGGUUUGACCGUCGUGAUGAAGCACAAGAAGCUAUCAAUAGUCUAAAUGGUAUUGUCCCAGAGAAUGGGACCGAGCCACUAGUAGUGAAGAUUGCAGAGGAGCAUGGCAAGCAAAAGGCUGCCUAUUAUGCAGGUUGGCAAGCAGGAUACAACCAGAGUAGAGCCUCUUUGGUUCUUUAUGCCAUAGAAGAAAUCAUAAGGCAUAACAUCAUCCUUUUACAGAGUCAUCGGCUACUGAUGAUUGUAAUUAAACAAAUCAGGUGCAGCUAUUUAAGAUCAGGUAUUUGGUACUGCACCUCUGCUGGUUACUAUGAGAGACAUGAAGCAGGAAUCUGUCUUCCUGCAGUGACUGUGCUAAUAGCAGCAUUAUUAAUGAACUCGUUAGUUUUGCGUGUUGUUUGCUUCUGAGCUCUUCUUCUGGUCUUCACUUUUAUGAACACUGUCAUGAUGCAGGACUGUUCCUUGUGCAGUAGCAUAUAGACAUCUCAGCAUACCUGAACCUGACUUUUUAAUGAAGGAACUGAUGCUGCAUUUGUAUUUCUUUCUCCCCUGUGCAAAAAGGAGGCGAGGGUUUGUAUACCAAGAAAAGAACAUAUCAGUAUUAAUCAGUGGCACCAUUAUUUAAAAAACAAACAAAAAUUAAUUUAUUUAUGUAUUUAUUUAUUUAUUUACUUACUUGACAUUGAUAAUUGAAUAUUCUUGCAGCUUGUCAAUGCUCUACUAAUUGGCUUCAGCAUCAAAGCAUGAGGAUAUAUAGCUUUCAGUAGGGCUGCCUGCAUAGUUCUGUCAAUGUGGUAGGUGCCCUCAUGUAUCUCAUUGGUGUAACUCCUUCUGUCAUCAUGUAGGCAGAGUUGUGGUAUUCACUUGUAAUUGGUGCCCACUUGGAGCUUGAGCCGAGUGUCAACUUUUUGUUUGUUUUUUAAAUUGUCCUGGACAAUGUACAGAAGAUUUAUUUCAUGUACUAUUACUUAAUGGUAAACAAUGCUGUAAUCAAUUUUAAUCAGAUGUGGACAGUUGCAAUUUUUGUUUAUAUUUCAGUAAAGACGAAACUGAAAGAAAUGUUAAUAUGUUUAAAUCGAACGAGUCAUUCAAUGUACAAAGGAAAUUAUUCCAUCAUUGUUUCAUUUGAAUAAUAAUAUAUUAAUAUUAUAUAUAAGUAUUAUAAUAAAGUUUGUGUCCCUUACAGAAGCAGAGUUCUGCUUCCUUUUACAGUAUAGGUGCAACUAAAACAGUAGUUUGUACAUAGACCCAUGAUGUACUUUUCAGGUUGAUAUAUUGUUGCAGUGCAAACAGUUUGUACAUGUAUAAUACCUGAAGGAUACAUGCAUACCUAGCCUAUACUUACUGUAUGUAAAUUGUUGUACAUUCUGGUGUUUCAGAUUCUUUCUGUAUUAAAAUAUUAUGUGUGUGAGAGAGACAGAAGAUAAAGUAUUACAUUACUGCG